AUGGACAAUGCCAUGUGCUUCAAAUCUGAGGAGUUCACAGAAUUUUGUAAAUCAUACGGGAUAAACAUCUCAUAUGCAUCUCCAUACCAUCCACAAGGAAAUGGGCAAGCUGAGUCCAACAACAAGAAUAUCAUGAAGAUCAUCAAGAGAACACUUGGGAAAACCAAGAGAGCUUGGGAUUCAAAGUUAAAAAUGGCACUAUGGGCGGAUAUGAUCAUUGUUAAUAAGACUAUAGGAACAUAUCCUUUUGAGCUGGUAUAUGGAUGUAAAAAAAGGAUGCCAAUAAACAAUCUACUGCCUGUGUGCAAGUUCAUACAUGAAAACAACCCAAAAAUGUUAGAUCUGCUGGAAGAAAGAAUGGAGACGCUUGCAGAAUUGGAUGAAAGCAGUGAAGAUGCUCAUAGGAAGAAACUGAAGUUGCAAAAAAAAGGUAAGUACCUAUUUGACAAAAAAGCAUCAGAGAGAAAAUUUAAAAUUAAUGAUUUGGUACUGCUUUGGAAUGCUAAAGCCCAGGAUAAAGGCAAGCAUGGAAAAAUUGAAGCCUUGUGGCUAGGGCCAUUUGUUGUUGCAUAG